AUGAAGGAAAUGGCGCCGGAUGCCCAGGGUGGCAUCAUGAAUUUGGGCUUUCAGAAGGAUGACGAAACCGAGCUCCAAACCCGAAGUCGACUGGUGAAAAAUGCAUUUCGAGAAGAUCAGAAUUGCAUUAUUUUGAGGGUAGAUACCCAUAUCAACAGUCACAAAGGUGUCAACCCAUUCGGAUUCCAUUUUGAGAUGGAUAAGAAGAGAUAUGUCUCCAGGAAGAAGCAGAUUAGGAGGGAAAAGAUCACUCAAUGGCUGUCAUGGCUGGCCUAUUAUCAUCAUAAAUUCGGCAUUCGACAUCUUCUGCUGGUUGUAUUGUUGACAGGAUAUGUAUUCCUCGGCGGGAUGCUCUUCAAUAAAUUGGAAUCCAAGAAUGAACUCGAUGAUCUAAAAGAGACUCUGGUUCUAAUGCAAGGGAUAAUCCGUGAAAUGAGUGUCGAAGCGAUAAAUGUGACUCUUGUCGAAGUUGUCCAAAAACAGAAUUAUACCGUUGGACAGGAUAAAAUGGGCAAGCUGAUUAAGCGUUACUACAAAGAAAUGUUAGAGGCUGAGGGGAGAUUUCAUGGCAGUGUAUGGCAUAAGGCGGAAAACCUCGAACUGCAUUUAAUGUGGUACUUCUCAUCGGCCACUUUCUAUGCAAUGACCCUUUUCACCACUAUUGGAUACGGAACAAUCACAUGCCAGACAUUCUGGGGUCGUUUUAUGUCAAUCAUCUACGCGUCAAUAGGCAUCCCCCUAAUGCUGGUGACAUUGGGUGAUGUGGGUGAAUGGUUCCAAAAGAUUGUCACAAAAGCCUAUGUAUGGGUGUUAGUACGAUACAAGAAAGUGCGGAAUCAAGCGAUAACGAGACCGUUGGAGGAGAUCUAUCUGCCUAUCUAUUAUGCACUCGGCAUUGUUACUGUCUAUAUAUUGUUGUGCACGUUAAUUAUAAAGGAAUUCGACCGCCAAGAAGGCAACAAACCGGGCAUCGAUUUUGGGUCGGCGCUGUAUUUCGUAUUCAUAUCCCUGACGACAAUUGGAUUGGGAGAUGUUAUGCCCUAUAAUAUACAGUACUCCCCGUUCCUGUCUGCGGCCUUCCUGCUGGGUCUAGCCAUGGUCUCUAUCGUCAAUACCUCCAUCUAUGCCGUCCUCUAUGAAAUAUUCUUCGAAAGAGUCGAAAAAGCCGAGAAUUGGCUGGACCGUAUCCACCGCCAACAUAAUAAACCAGAGGGAUGGGCCGUAUUCUGUGAAUUAGAGCCGGCAUUCAGAACUCUCGCUCUAUCAUUCCCACAUUCAGAAAAGACUGAACAACAAAGGCUAAUGACCAUAUUGAAUCAUCGAGAUGGGGGAAGGGAUAAGAAACCCGACAUCAGCCGUGGAAUCGCGGGAAUGUUGGCAAAAACGCUGUGGACGACGGCCAAUCUAUCGGAUUAUCAGGAUGCGCCAAGUAGGCCUAACGAUGACGUGGAACUUGGAAAUGGCCGCCCACCCUCCUCUUCUACCCUUUCUAAUGGCCAUCUAACAGUACCAAAUGCUACAAAUGACGAUGGCAAGCGAAAGGUGGGCUUCCACCAUAAUAUUGUCCGUGUUCGCACAAAUUCCGAUCUGGCGGCCCAUGAUCCAGCACAUAGCAAUGAUCUGCCGACCCGAAUCCCGUCAUUCAAAGCGCGACGCCGUGCCCCUACCCUUGGGGCAUUUGACAAACAAUAUUAUUGUUUUAGAACAAAUCUGAGUACCCCUCGUCGUUGUGUACCACCAGAUCCGGUCUCUUACGCACUAAAUGCUUCAACCAUCCAGAAAUACAUCCCAACGUUCGAGGGAAGGCCGAUGAAUAUCUCCACGCCACCCCGGCCGUACUAUGAUUGGAGAUGGUCAAAAGCGGUCAAGGGUCAUCUUAUUCCUGUUUACACCGGUGCUGCCCUAUUCGAAAUAUGCCUACUCUUCCACAAUGGAAGAAUGACGCACAAUCAAGUUGGAAUAGCAUUCUUUUUGUUAAACGCGCAAUUAGCUCUAUUCCUGGUGACGAAACUGGGCCCUCCACGCUUCAUCAUCCCACAACUGGCCGCAUCUUCAAACCCAUUCUCCGCCCAAUUCUCAGCACUCGCCUUCUCUUCCUCUAUCUAUCAAUUAAUCCAUUUCCUCUUUUGUCUGUUCAUCCUUCAUACCUCCACUUAUAGAAAGAACUUCUACCGCAAAAUUUGUCUCAAUUCU